UCUAUCAAAACAAAUCUAGUGAUCCAAGUUUAACAUUUAUCACAAUAUGUUUUCUUUUCUCAACCCACUGUCGGAGGUUUUUCAGGUGGUUAUCGCUGCCGUGGCCUCUAUAGUCUUCUUAGGUUUAGCAGGUCUAACACUCGCUGCUUCAGCCGCGGCAUUAACCAUAACCUCACCCCUAUUCAUCAUAUUCAGUCCGAUUCUCGUACCAGCCACGAUAGCCACUGCUGUCUUAAUCUCAGGGUUCACGGCGGGCGGCACCCUAGGAGCGAUGGCUGUUGCUCUCAUCAGACGCAGGAUGGGACUAAAGCUGUUUGGAGGAAGUUCGCCAGCCAAAACUCUGUUUUCACUCCAGCCAAAGGUUAACUAUGAAGGAAAUUUUAAAGGAUCUUGGGGAGGAGGUUCAUCACUGCAAGCUAUGUCAAAUUUUAGUUAUGGAGGAACUUGGACUGCAUCUUGGGGAGGAAAAACCUUUACUGGAUCCUUUGGAGAUAAAUCGGCCGGUGGAAGUUCAUCGGCACCCGCAGCAAGUACACCCGCACCAGCAGCUGCACCACCGGCACCCGCAGCAAGUACACCCGCACCCGCAGCGGCACCCGCACCAAAACCCCCGGGGUAAACGGCAUUGGUCGAGCUGUUCCAACUUGUAGCAGAUUUAUAUUGUGUUUAAAUUCAAUAUCCUAUCCAAAAAAACUUUUUAAAAAAUAUAAUAAAAGU